GCUGAUGAUAGAGGCUGCGGCAGGGAUGCGUUAACAUUUUUAAGGAAAGCAAGAACGCGGGAAGGCGCCUCAUCAGCAGACAAUCCUGCCAUAUUGGCACGAAGUUGUAUUCCUGGCACAGUCAUCUGGAUUUAGCAGCUGAGAUGAUCCACAGUCUGUUCCUGAUUAAUCACUCGGGAGACAUCUUCCUGGAGAAACACUGGAAGAGUGUCAUCGGCCGCAGUGUCUGUGAUUACUUUUUCGAGGCAAAGGAGAAGGCAGUGGACCCUGAGGAUGUGGCCCCUGUGCUGCAGACCCCACACCACUAUCUCAUCUCCAUAUACAGGGGCAAGCUCUUCUUCCUGUCUGUCAUCCAAACUGAAGUCCCUCCACUGUUUGUCAUUGAGUUCCUGCACAGGGUGGCAGAUACAAUUCAGGACUACUUUGGAGAGUGCUCAGAAGGUGUAAUCAAGGACAAUGUGGUGACAGUCUACGAGCUGCUGGAAGAGAUGCUGGACAAUGGCUUUCCUCUGGCAACAGAGUCUAAUGUCCUGAAAGAGAUGAUCAGGCCUCCCACCAUCCUGAGAACAGUUGUCAACACGCUAACAGGAGCCAGUAACGUUGGAGAUACGCUACCCACAGGCCAAUUGUCCAAUGUCCCAUGGAGGCGAGCUGGUGUGAAAUACACCAAUAAUGAGGCAUAUUUUGAUGUAAUCGAAGAAAUAGACGCUAUUCUGGACAAAUCAGGUUCAACAGUAUGCGCAGAGAUCCAGGGUGUAAUUGAAGCUUGUGUGAGGCUCACUGGGAUGCCUGACCUCACUCUGUCUUUCAUGAAUCCUCGUCUUCUCGAUGAUGUGAGUUUCCACCCGUGUGUUCGGUUCAAGCGUUGGGAGUCAGAGCGUGUCCUUUCCUUCAUCCCACCUGAUGGAAACUUCACACUCAUGAACUAUCAUGUCAGCUCUCAAAAUCUCGUGGCCAUCCCAGUGUGGGUGAAGCAGAGCAUCAGCUUCUUUGAAUCGGGACCUUCAGGCCGCCUGGACAUCACCAUCGGACCCAAGCAGACGAUGGGGAAGGUGGUGGAGAACCUGAUGGUCACCAUACACAUGCCUAAAACUGUGCUCACUGUAAACCUCACAGCAACGCAAGGAAACUACACCUACGACCUUGCUACAAAGGUUGUGGUGUGGGACAUUGGAAAACUGAACCCCCAGAAGCUUCCUAACCUGCGAGGCAGCUUGAGUUUGCAGGCAGGGGCCCCUAAACCUGAUGAUAGUCCGACGCUCAGUAUUGACCUGAAGAUACAGCAGCUGGCCAUAUCAGGUCUUAAGGUGAGCCGCCUUGACAUGUACGGAGAGAAGUACAAGCCAUUCAAAGGGGUCAAAUAUUUGACUAAAGCUGGGAAAUUCCAAGUGAGGACCUAAGUGAUGACUCUCAAAACCAAAGUUCAACAAUCCAGUAUGCCAAAUAGAGGGCAAGGUUAUUACCUCACUGAGUCAGCCUUCUGAUAAGUCUUACAUUUCCUCCUGCUCUUUGUGAUUAAUGAACGAUUUUGCAUUCUAACAGUUAUUUAUUAUGUGUUUGGCAUUAUGUUUCUAUGCCUGGAUGGUGUUUGUGGCCUGUAAAGGGAAGCCUUAAUAACAUAUGUGACCUUGUUGAAGUGCUAUUAGUUUGAAUCCACUUUAAUGUGUUGUAUUGUAUGGACCAUUCCUUGUUUUUGAUACUAUUUUCUUUUGCCUAACACCUUUUGAGUGUUGCCUAAGGGGAAUUUGGUUUGAAAAGGGACACUCACAGUUCACUGCCUUGUUUCUCACGACUUUAGCACACUUGUACAAUCGCAAUUGCAUGUUGCCUAAAAACAAGCAGCUAUGCCUUUUCAAAACCUUUUUAAAGAUAUUAGGUAGCAACUUUUAUAUGUAUACAUAUGUUUAUUUUUGGGAAUUUUCUGAUGUCGUAUUGACUUUUCUGAGUAGCCGCAGUGUGUCUUUAAGCACAGUCUUUAGUGCACGUAUUUUUGCACACAUUCACUCUUUAAAGUGGCCUUCUGAGGUGCUUUGUAUAGCAAACUGCAGCAUAAACUGCAUGCUUUGUAGCCUAAGGGAAGAUGUCAGAAAUAUAUCAUAUAUCAAAGGUACAUAGCUUGAAUAAUGGAGGUUGUACACCUCUAUUUAGAGCCUAGAUUCAGGCUUGCAUAUUUGUUGGGAGCUCUUGUGUAAAAAGCACUACAAGAUCCUUACACAAUCUUGAAUAUAAAACCCUUUUUCACUCAGCACAAGAUUUGCACAAUCAGCUGUCCACCUGAAAAAUACAACUUAAAGCACAUGUAUGAAGUAAAAUUUUUAUUUCUGUGUAAAAGAUAUCUUAUAAAAGCUUUAAAAAUGA